GCGCUCAGCUCAAGCAAGCCGCUGACAAACCGAGCUGGAGGCAGAGGGGAGUCUGCUGCCCUGCAAAUGUAAACAGAGACGGGAGCACCAAGUAGCGGAGAGAGAGAGAAAGAAAACAUUUAAAUGUGAUCUGAUCUCACAUUUGAAAGCCGAGAAUCAUUUCCGACGUCCAGGGAAUGUACUGCAGAUUGCGAGUUGUGUUGAAGCUGCUGUAAACGCUGGAAUCACAGAUUGGCCCUGAAAGGAAGACUUGCUGAUAGGCUUUGCAUGUCAAUUGGCUGCUGAACUACUUAACGGUUUAUGGUUUUCAGCACCAUUGGGAAGCAGGCAGUCCAGGAAGCCACGAAUGAUGACUCAGAGUGUCUGUUUUAACAUGAUGAAAUGAAUCUUAGGAUCUGUGCUGAAAAUCUGUCACAAAGAACAGUUUUGGUAUUUUAAUGGGAUUACUGAAGGGAAGUACGCAAGCCAAACUAGAGAAAGUCAUCUGUUGGAUCUGCACGUGGAUAAGUUCUUUUCCCAAAGAAAAAUUAGACACCAUAUGUUUUCUUAUCUGGAGCAACAAAAAGCUUAACUGUGUAGUCUGAUUACUAAGCAAAAUCUACUGUGGAUAUGGGCUACUGACACCAUUUGUUCUGCUGACGCAACAUAUUUAAACCUGAAUCUAACAGACUGCCAUCAGUACAUUGUUAGAGAGCUGCUUCACUAACUUUUUUUUAACUGUUGGAUUCACAAAGGAAAACAUUUUGCAGCACACACAAAACCUCCACAUCUUGAGGAACUUUUUACAAAUUGUUUUCAAUCUGUACAUUAUCCAACAUCAUACUACAUUUACAAAGAUGGCUGUUGUCAUCAAGAAAAAAGGCCAUUUGCUUUGGUUCGGCUUGCUUUUCGGAUGCCUUGUUAACCUCGGGGUCAGUUUAGAAUUUACUGGAGCUGCAGGACAAUGGGCAAGGUUCCCAAAGUGGAAUGCGUGCUGUGAAAGUGAGAUGAGUUUUAAUAUGAAGACCAACAUUUCCAGUAGUCUGCUGGUGUAUUUUGAUGAUGAAGGAUUCUGUGAUUUUUUAGAACUCCUAAUUGUUGAUGGAUAUCUUCAACUUCGCUUUUCAAUUUUCUGUGCUGAAGCAGCCAUUCUACAGUCAGAUACUAAAGUGAAUGACAGUAUCUGGCAUACUGUAGUUAUUCGGAGGAAUUUCAAGAAGACAACACUAAUAGUAGAUGAAGAGAUUAAAACAGUUGAAGUGAAGUCAAAGAGGAGAGAUAUGACAGUCUUUAGCAAAUUGUAUAUUGGUGGAAUUCCAUCAGAAUUUCAUUCAUCAGUUCUGUCAUUAACGUCAACCUCAGUCGGAAGUCAGGAACCAUUCCAGGGAUUAAUAACUGACCUCAAGGUUGGAAAUGGGACCACCACACUCAUUGAUGGUCAAGGAAUCAAGAUGGAUGAAAACUAUCUUUGCACAAAUCACAGUCUAUGCCUAAAUGGUGGAACCUGUUCUGUUGUACACGAGAAGGCAAUUUGUGAUUGUUCUCACACUGGUUUUCAAGGAAAAGACUGCAGUGAAGAAGACAACUAUGUUGAAGGUCUGGCGCACCUGAUGAUGGGCGACCAAGGUAAAAUUAAAGGGAGAGAAGAAUAUGUUGCAACAUUUAAAGGAUCAGAAUACUUCUGCUAUGACUUGUCACAGAACCCAAUCCAGAGUAGCAGUGAUGAAAUAACAUUAUCAUUCAGAACCCUUCAAAGGAAUGGUCUGAUGCUUCAUACAGGGAAAUCUGCAGAUUAUGUAAAUCUGGCUUUGAAAGAUGGUGCUGUCUCACUGGUCAUUAAUUUGGGGUCAGGAGCCUUUGAAGCUUUGGUGGAACCUGUGAAUGGAAAAUUUAAUGACAAUGCCUGGCAUGAUGUGAAAGUAACCCGGAACCUCCGUCAGCACUCAGGCAUCGGACACGCUAUGGUGACAAUCUCAGUAGAUGGAAUACUGACAACAACGGGCUACACUCAGGAGGAUUACACCAUGCUAGGCUCUGAUGACUUUUUCUAUGUCGGAGGCAGUCCUAGCACUGCUGAUCUUCCAGGUUCACCAGUCAGCAAUAAUUUUAUGGGUUGCCUGAAGGAGGUUGUUUAUAAAAACAAUGAUGUUCGUUUGGAACUAUCACGGCUUGCAAAGCAAGGAGAUCGCAAGAUGAAGAUUCACGGAAUGGUGGCCUUCAAAUGUGAGAAUGUUGCAACAUUAGAUCCAAUCACAUUUGAAACCCCCGAAUCCUUUAUCUCACUACCAAAGUGGAAUGCUAAAAAGACAGGCUCCAUUUCAUUUGACUUUCGCACCACAGAACCAAAUGGACUAAUUCUUUUUAGUCAUGGCAAACCGCGACACCAAAAAGAUGCCAAAAACCCCCGAAUAGUAAAGGUGGACUUCUUUGCAAUUGAAAUGCUUGAUGGACACUUGUACCUUCUACUCGACAUGGGAUCUGGUGCUAUUAAAACAAAAGCCACUCAAAGGAAGGUGAAUGAUGGAGACUGGUAUCAUGUGGACUUUCAGAGAGAUGGGCGAUCAGGUACUAUCACUAUAAACAGCAAGCGUUCACCAUAUAUGGCCCAUGGGGAGAGUGAAAUUCUGGACCUGGAUGAUGACUUGUAUCUGGGUGGACUACCUGAGAACAAAGCAGCUCUUAUUUUCCCAACUGAAGUAUGGACAGCUCUUCUUAAUUAUGGAUAUGUAGGAUGUAUCAGAGACUUGUUCAUUGAUGGUCAAAGCAAAGAUAUACGGAGAAUGGCUGAAAUACAAAACGUGGCUGGAGUGAAACCUUCAUGUGCAAAGGAGCUUCCAAAGCAGUGCCUUAGUGAUCCAUGUCGAAACAGUGGUAUUUGUAGAGAAGGCUGGAACAGAUACAUUUGUGACUGCUCUGGAAGUGGAUUUCUUGGCAGAUCUUGUGAGAAAGAAGCAACAAUAUUGAGCUAUGAUGGAAGCAAGUUUAUGAAAAUCCAGCUGCCUGUUGUAAUGCACACAGAAGCAGAGGACGUAUCACUGCGAUUUGUGUCCCAGCGAGCUUAUGGAAUCUUAAUGGCAACAACUUCUCGAGAUUCAGCAGAUACUCUGAGACUGGAACUCGACGGUGGUCGUGUCAAACUUACUGUCAACCUAGACUGUAUCAGGAUUAACUGUAAUAACAGCAAGGGUCCAGAAAUGCUUUAUGCUGGACAAAAUCUCAAUGAUAAUGAGUGGCAUACAGUUCGUGUGAGUCGCCGAGGAAAGUAUCUGAAGCUGAUAGUGGAUGAACUACAACCCAUUGAAGAUCAAAUGACAGGAGAUCAUACUCGUCUCGAGUUCCAUAAUAUUGAAACAGGCAUAGUGACAGAGAGGCGAUACAUGUCAAAUGUCCCCUCAAAUUUCAUCGGCCAUUUACAGAGCCUAAUGUUCAAUGGCAUGCCCUACAUUGACCUGUGCAAAAUUGGUGAUAUUGACUACUGCGAGCUCAAUGCUAGAUUUGGUUUCAAAAUUAUUAUUGCUGACCCUGUGACCUUCAAGACAAAAUCCAGCUAUGUUGCACUGUCCACGUUGCAAGCCUACACAUCCAUGCAUCUGUUCUUCCAGUUCAAGACCACGUCAGCUGAUGGCCUGAUACUCUUCAACAGUGGGGAUGGCAAUGACUUCAUUGUGAUUGAACUUGUUAAAGGGUACUUGCACUAUGUAUUCGAUUUAGGUACUGGACCUUCCCUCAUUAAAGGCAACUCUGACAAACCACUGAAUGACAAUAAAUGGCAUAAUGUGCUGAUUUCAAGGGACACAAACAACUUGCACACUGUGAAGAUCAACUCCAAACUCAUUACUCAAAAUACAGUCGGAGCCAGAAAUCUAGAUCUGAAAGGAGACUUGUAUAUUGGAGGAAUUGCCAAAGACAUGUACAAAACAUUACCAAAGCUGGUGGCAUCAAGGGAGGGAUUUCAAGGUUGCUUGGCUUCAGUAGACCUGAAUGGACGACUUCCAGACCUAAUUUCUGAUGCUUUGUACUGCAAUGGGCAGAUUGAGCGGGACUGUGAAGGGCCAAGCACAACCUGCCAAGAGGAUUCUUGUGGAAACCAAGGUGUCUGUCUACAGCAGUGGGAUGGCUUCAGCUGUGACUGCAGUAUGACCUCCUAUAUGGGAACCCUGUGCAAUGACCCUGGCACAACAUACAUCUUUAGCCGUGGCGGUGGACUAAUUACUUAUACAUGGCCCCCCAAUGACAGACCAAGUACCCGAGCAGACAGACUGGCUGUGGGAUUUGACACACACGUAAAAGAUGCAAUUUUGGUGCGUGUAGAUAGUUCUGCGGGGCUUGGAGACUACCUACAGCUUCACAUUGAACAAGGAAAGAUUCGGGUUAUUUUUAAUGUUGGAACAGAUGACAUCACCAUUGAAGAAUCAAGUGGUAUUGUAAAUGAUGGAAAGUACCAUAUAGUACGGUUUACACGGAGCGGUGGCAAUGCCACACUACAGGUGGACAACUGGCCAGUCAUUGAACGCUAUCCAUCAGGAAACAAUGAUAACGAACGCCUGGCGAUUGCUAGACAGCGAAUCCCAUAUCGACUUGGUCGAGUAGUUGAUGAUUGGCUACUCGACAAAGGACGGCAGCUUACAAUCUUCAAUAGCCAAGCAACUAUAAAAAUUGGUGGCAAGGACAAAGCUCGUCCAUUCCAGGGACAGCUAACUGGUCUGUACUACAAUGGCUUGAAAGUACUUAAUAUGGCAGCUGAAAGUGACCCAAACAUCAGAAUAGAAGGAAAUGUGAGAUUAGUAGGGGAAGCAUCCUCGAUGACAACAGAAACAACGACCACAUCAAAACCAGCAGAAAUAUCAACCACCAUUAUGGAAACUACGACCACUAUGGCCACUACUACCACCAGAAAAGGGAGAUCUACAACCACAAGAGAUGUUAUGACUCAGAGCACAGAUGAUCUAUUGGUGGCCUCUGCUGAAUGUCCUAGCGAUGACGAGGACAUUGAUGAAUGUGAGCCAAGCUCAGGUGGGUUAGCAAACCCCACUGGACCAGGUGGCAGAGGCUUCCCAGGAACAGCGGAAGUGAUUCGGGAAUCAAGCAGCACCACAGGGAUGGUGGUCGGGAUUGUGGCAGCAGCCGCUCUUUGCAUUCUCAUCCUCCUCUAUGCUAUGUACAAAUACAGGAAUAGGGACGAAGGCUCCUACCAUGUGGAUGAGAGCAGAAACUACAUCAGUAAUUCGGCUCAGUCCAAUGGGGCUGUGGUGAAAGAGAAGCAGGUGAACAAUGCCAAAAAUUCCAGCAAAAACAAGAAGAAUAAGGAUAAAGAGUACUACGUCUGAUUAUACACUCUGAAGAAGGAAGCCUGUAAAAAAGAAAAGGAAAACAAAAAAAAACUUCAUUUUAUCAGACAUGAUAAAACUAAGAUUUACUUUUUGCAAAGCACACGGGAUAAAGACAGUACACAUAAUCGGGAAGGAAAGACGACAGUUUGUAAAGUAAGCAUUAACAUUUCAAGCUGGUUGAAGUCUCCUACUUGUUCACAGUGUUUUCAUUCGCUCCGUCUUCUCGUUGUCAGAACUUUACUGUGGAGACAACAGCAUGAAGCAUUCAUAAAGAAGAGUAUUACAACAGUGCACAGAGAAUCUACCUGUUACCCAUGAGUUUUCAGCCAAAGUGCUAAACAAUUGUGCAACAUGACAGAAGUCUCAUUACUCCAAGAAACUUAAACAAACAAUAGUUAGCAGACCCUUGACGGUAAAGGGUU